CACACAUGCUGUUCAAAAUAUAGGCAUUCCUUCUACUAAAGCAAAUUUCCAGAAGCGUCAUAAGUAAUAUCAUUUUCUUUUUUCUUUUUCAUUUUCGUUCUUUCUGCUCUCUCUUCUCCUCAGGGAAAAUGGGGACGGCGAUUCUUCGCUCCCAGGAUUGUCUUCGAGGGCGGUUUCGCCACGAAGCCCUAACCCUAACCCCUCGCUCCGGAUCACGCCGAAGCCCUAAUUUUUCUAACCCGAACCCUAAUCCCAGCCCCAACUAUGGCUCUAACGCUAAUCUUCAUCAAUCUCGCCGCCGGAAGAGAAGUCCGAUGGGAUUCCAAUCCAAUCAACAUGAUCGCGCUCGAGAUCGGUACCCUGAUCGCUCCAUGGUUGCGAAGGUCCCGGCCAAAAACCUGGUGAUGGGCCAGGUCAAGAUCCUGAGGCGCGGGGAGGCCUUGAGCCCGGAGAAGAACAACCGAGGACUCGGAGUUGUUUCCGGCGAUGCUGGCAAGCCGAGGGCAAAGAGCGAAGAUGUUCCAGAUUUGGUACUGGGAUCGACGGACCGUUUGGGCCCCGACCCGGAGACCGUGCAGAAGCAGAUUAAGGUUGCAGAAUUCAAGGUCAUGGAUGCGAUUUACGCUGGAUCGAGCGCCUACUACGCGUCUCCACCCCCAAGCUCAGUGCCUUUGCCUGCUUUUUUGGGAAGAAACGGCACGGCGACGAGCGAUCUGCGUCGGCUGCUGCGACUCGAUUCGGUGUGACCACUCGGUGGCAUUCGAUGGCUGGAAAGCAGGGGAAAGGGUCUGGCUUGGCAAUCUGGCAGUAGGGGUGCUUGAAUCGAUUGAUAGAUGAUGAAUACGAGAGAGUGUUGGAUAUUGUUCGGUUUGUCUCAAUUGCUUCCUUUAUUUUUUCAAGAGGAAAGUUAUAUUGAGUGCUAGCAAAUGAUAGCGUGUUGCUAAGUUUCUUAAUAUGAAAGAAGAAGAAGAAAAGGAGUAAGUAGUAGGAAGUUUGGGUCUUGCUUUGUAUAUCCUCAAGUAGGAGUAAAUGUGUGAGUUAAUGGGCUCGUAGAAGUUAUAAUGAUGUAAUUUGAGUCUGCGUCUGUUUCGUCUUCUAUUCUCUCACUAUAAUGUUAGUAGUGUGUACUCAUAACUCAUCAAGAACAAAAGAAUGUGUUAGUUUUACAGUUGUUGGAAUAAAAUCCUAGAUUUGUACUGCUUAA